CGCCGACCCCGAUCCGACCCGACAGCGCAGGUACGUAGACGAGAGUGAAGUGUUGAUACUAUUUUUUGCCUGUCCUGCCAACAUUUGUCUUUCAAAAUGCGAAAUUUCAAGUUCAAGCUCUCUCGGAGUGCCAGACAGAAGCAAGAACAGUCUAAUAACUCUCCUAAUCUUUCUGGAGUUAUUCCACCCACCCAAGUUUCUUGCACAACUACCCAAGCACCUUUGACGUCAUGGUUCCAGGCGCCUGUCGCCAAGCAGACCCCUGCCAAUCCCCCAAAAGGACUCAAGGAAUCAACACUAGUCAAAGCCACAACUCAUCCUGUGCAAUCACCAAAGCCUAUUGCCUCUGUUCAGCCAUACACACCAGGAAAGGCACUAUCUAAGAAAAGCAAGUCACCGGCAUCUAGUCGUGGCAUUGGAAACAUGUUCUUAAUUGAGGAUUCUUUACCUGAUGACUUGGAUGACUUGGAUGACUUCUUGGAAUCUCCUCUUUCAGACAAAAAGAAGAAGAGCAGUCCAAAUCUCAGUAAAAUUAAUCAACAACUCAAGGCUAAGUCACCAUCGGAGAUGAAGAAACUUGAAUUUGAUGAGGAGAACAAGACCAGCAAACUUGAAUAUAAUGAAAAGAACAAGACGAGCGAUGAAUAUGUGGAUCUGACAAUGAUUGCCAGUCAGUCAUCCAAAGGACAAGGGUCACAUGAGAUCAAGGGUCAAGAAGAGUCUAGAUACCAGAUCGAUAGUGAUGAUAAUGAUGAUGAGACAUGUUUUAAUACAUCAAGACGCAAUAGCAAGAGACACAGAGCAUCGCUGAUUAUUGAAGACAGUGACGAAGACGACCAACCAAAUGCAGAAGGAGCCACUGACUGCAUUCAGGAUUACGGGUACUCCACAAAUACUCUGAAUUUAUUACCAGAUACAAAUGAAUAUUUUGAGGAGGAUCAUCAGAACGAAGGAUGCGCGGAAGAUUUGAUAGACAUCCCCAGCCCAUCACCUCCACCGUCUGAUUACGACGAUAUCAAUUCCAGUGCCAGUGAUUUUGACUUCCCUACAUCCUACCAUAACUACCAAGAUGAAGAGGAACUCCCUGGGGCUUCAGUCAUCCCUCCAUCAGCAGACCUCAAGAGAUCUUUGUUCCUAGGGCAGACGAGGCAAAAUUUGAAGCAUGGGUCGGUGGAAGAUGGAGAGACUGAUCGCUCAACAAAUCCAAACCUCAAUGCAAGUGAUGAGUUAUACUUCACAAGCCAUCCGUCUAUGCAGCCUCUCUCUCCAAACAUUUCGGCAGAGAGUCUUCAAGAAAGGCUGGAUGAACUCAAGCAACUUUUGUUCAAGGUUAUGGAACAGAUAUGCGAUAAUGUCGACAUUGCUCUAGCGUCAGAAACAGAGGGCAGCAGACUACAACAAGUCAAGCCUUUCUUAUCGCUCAGGAAACGUAUUAAAGCCAAACAGAAACAAUCGGAGGCCAAGUUACGCCAACUUAACCAGUCAACCAGAACCACACCAUCAUUAACCAAUCAGGAUUCAUCAAUACCAAUGAUCCAACCUAGGUCACGACCUCCUGACACCACUAGUCUCCCACACCAGGCACUAAACGCACCCACCAACAAAACGCUAAACCAGAGUACCUUCAAUUUCAAGCUGAAGUCUAGCUUCAAUGCAACGCCAGUCUCCGACAGCGCAGCUACACCUCUCAACUCCAGCCAUAGGACAUUCAAUAUGGUGUCAAAUACCAACAGACAAGGGUUGAUAACGACCCCACUCCAGAGAACAAUGCCCGCCUCGUCGUCACUCAGCAAGAUAAGUCCUGGGUUUUCCUCUCCCGAGGGCGGUAUAUUUGGAGGUGAUGGUUUCUUUGACGACACCACGGGAGCCAAUCCGACAACGCCAAUCUUUGAAAGUUCAGUACCAGUGAUUGCCAGCAGAAAGAAACCGCUGGAGUUAUCAUCUGAGAAGCGCUCUCUACAGCCUUUGCUGCUACAGCCAAACAAACAAAAGACGCCAUUUGCCCCACUCCAACGGAAUAAACCGACCACGUCCAUGCCGAGAGCAUCUGAUAUUGUAUCAUCUGAAGUCUCAGCAAAGCACAGUCGAUUCAGUGGUACUAACUUCCCUCACUCUAAGGAGCUUCUGAAGGUGUUUCGUAAGACAUUCGGUCUACAUCAGUUCCGUCCAGAGCAGCUUGAAGCUAUCAAUGCUACCCUGCUUGGUGAAGAUUGCUUCGUUCUCAUGCCCACAGGCGGUGGUAAGAGUUUGACCUACCAACUCCCAGGAGUGUUAACUGCGGGGGUGUCAUUUGUCAUAUCUCCCCUCAAGUCAUUGAUUCAAGAUCAGGUACAGAGACUUGUGUCUUUAGAGAUUCCUGCUGCACAUCUAUCAGGGGAUUUAAGUGCAGAGUUUGUAGAUUCAAUCUAUCGCCAGCUAUCACUCAGAGAUCCUGGAGUUAAAUUACUCUACGUUACACCGGAAAAGAUAAGUGCGAGUCCCAAACUGAUUUCAGCCAUGGAGCAUUUGUACCACAGGAAUAUGCUAGCUAGAUUUGUCAUUGAUGAAGCCCAUUGCGUCAGUCAAUGGGGUCAUGAUUUCCGUCCUGACUACAAGAGACUUUGUAAGCUGAGGGAACGCUUUCCUGGUGUACCUGUGAUGGCACUGACAGCUACAGCUACACCAAGGGUACAGAAGGAUAUACUACACCAGCUGGCUAUGCCUAAACCACAGAUAUUCACUCGCAGCUUUGAUCGCAGCAAUCUUCAGUUCUCAGUCAAGAAGAAGGAGCCACGUAAACUGACUCAGCAUAUCACCCAGCUUAUACAAUCCAUGUUCAGGGGCCAAUCUGGUAUCAUCUACUGUCUCUCAAGGAAAGAAUGUGAAAAGACAGCUGAAGAUCUUUACAAGAGUGGCAUUAAGGCUCUUCCAUACCACGCUGGACAGAGUGACUCAGAACGAGUCAGGGUGCAGGAAAGAUGGAUCAGUGAUGAGUACAAGGUGGUAUGUGCGACGAUAGCCUUUGGUAUGGGUAUUGACAAGCCAGAUGUACGCUUUGUCAUGCAUUUCUCAUUACCCAAGUCUAUGGAAGGUUACUACCAGGAGGCGGGGCGAGCUGGUCGGGAUGGGGAGCUGGCAAAGUGUAUUCUUUAUUAUUCCUAUCAGGAUGUGACGAGGCUUAGACGCAUGGUGCAAGGUGAUCGAGACAACUACGAAGUGAGUAAGGUUCACUUGGAUAACCUUUACCGCAUGGUACAGUACUGUGAGAAUAGCGUGGACUGUCGCCGAGUCCAGCUACUCAACUACUUCGGAGAGACCACUUACUCCAAAGAAAAAUGUCUUCAAAAUCGAUCAACAGCUUGCGAUAACUGUCUGUCAGGGAGUACGUAUUCCACUGUUGAUAUGACCAGUAUAGCCAAGAAGAUUAUUGAAUUUGCUAAGACAGUAGAUGGUGCAUCGUCAUCAUCUGGUGGAGGAGGGUAUAAGAGACGCAGCUAUGCUCCUCAGUUUACCCUUAAUCACUACGCUGACGUACUGAUGGGGAGUAACUCGGCCAAGAUUGCCCAGAGUGGUCAUGCCAGCAGUCCCAUCUACAGCUUGAUGAAGAGUCGUGACUACCAGCGCCAUGACUGUGAGAGAUUGUUACGUAAGAUGGUCCUUGAUGGGAUACUGCGGGAAGAGUUGGUCAUCGGAGCCCAUGAUCAAGCACUGUGUUAUGCCAAGGUUGGACCCAAGGCAUUUGACGUUCUUAGUGGGCGAACAAAGAUGGAGCUGAGCCUAACCAACGCCAAGGCAGCGAGGGCUUUACAACUCUCAACUCAAGUCUCUAAUGAGACACUCAAUGGUCCUAGACAGAAACUAUUGGAUGAACUGAGGAUUAUAAGACGACAGAUUGCUGUGGAGAGCAAUAUGAACCCAGACAACAUCUUCAAUGAUGAAACACUCCGUGAGAUGGCAGACCAGCUUCCUAUGGCCAAUGAGGAACUGGUCGAACUGACUGGAGUGACCGUUCCAAAGGUCAAUCGCUUCGGUCAACGUUUCCUGGACACUAUACUCAAAUACAUGCCUGAGAUGUUACAAGAGGAGGAAGACUUCUCCGAACCAUCGUCUUCACAUUACUUCAAUAACACGGCAGCCAAUACCACCGCAAUAACCGCCUCAAACCGGUCAGCAAAACGAGCGCCACGUAAACGCAAACUAGCAGGGAAUGCCAGCUCCACAAAAAGCAAGCGAGUACGUGCUUCAUCAAAUAAGAGGAACAACAGUUCAAGCGACGGCUACGGCAGUAACUAUCAAUCAGGCGGUGGGACGGGACUUCAAAAUGCAAAAGCUGGGCUGAAGAAGUUUCAGUACAAGAAGUCAGGUGGAGGAGACGGGGCUGCCGGUGGUAGCUAUAGAGGGGGUGGUAAGUAUGGAGGUAAAGGAAAGGCAAAGGCUAAGAGUGGGGGAAAUGGAAAUAGUGGUUUUGGAGGGGGAAACAGUAGGCUUGGGUUUAUGCCUGAUCCUAAACCAAAGCCUGGAAGAAGCUUCUUGGCAACUAGCGGACAUUUUCUCGGAUAAUUUUAACAAGUUAUCAUAAACUCGAUUUUAUGUUUUGAUACUUUGAUACUUUGAAAUGCUGAACGAUUUAUUUAAAAAGAAGGGAAGAAGCUUCUUGGCAAGUGGGAUGAAGCAAGACAACACAAAUCAGCAAGAUAUUUUGUUGUUUUGGUCGUAGGACUUAUUUUAUAAAGAAUUUUAAAAAGCUUGGCAUAGGUUAAAAUCGCAAACGUAAAGGGGGCACUGAAAGAGUUCAGUAAUAUUUUAAUGAUAAAUAAUCAAUGUAUUUCUUAAAUACUUCUUGUUUCCGAAAUGAUACCAAUAUUAUUUGUUGAUCCACACUCCACAAUGCUUUGUUACGUGGUAGUGGGUAAUCUGGUUCAAUCUUAAAAUGUAACUUUGUGAUUAAUGUAAAUAUGUAAAUAUUUUAUAUUGUUUUUAUAAUUGAGUGUAGCUAUUGUUUGUUAGUGUAGGUUACUUUGAUGAGAUAUUAAAACAUUAUAUUCAAAGUUAAAUUGUGGCUCUGACCUUAGCUUUUCCAGUUUGAUUACUCACAAGUCUUGAAUACCUAUAAAUGAAAUAGAAUGACUGCAGCAAAUCUGAACAAGAAAAAUGCAAUCAUGUGUGCACGAAAACAAAAUUGAAUGCAUUAAGAGC